UUAAUUUGGUAAUAAUUUGGUUCAUACACUUGAAAGAGUUGUGUUGUGUGUGAAAUUAGUCAAUAAUAAUGACAGCCGUGAAUACUCGUAGAUAGAAAUAUAUAUGUGGGACCCUAUAUACCCACUUAUUAAUUAAUAAAUAUUGUGGCACACUUGUCCGUGCUACCUCGGCCUUGAGAAAACAACAGCACUGAGUUGACAGAUGCAUCCAUCAGAAUCGGUACUACAUGAACUGCAUUGCAUGCCUUCUCUUCCUUUCUUUCUCUCUCAUCAAAUGAAACAACUGAAUGAAACAAAACAGAAAUCAGAAAGAGAGAGAGAGAGAGAAAGGCCAACUCAUCCUAUUUAAACACAUAUUUCAAUCCCCAAAUUUGCCACCACUAAACCACCAAAGAAAACACAUAUUCAUGAGUUUCUGCACCAAUUUCUUCUUCAUAAUAACAUAGGCGUUUCCCCUUCUUCAUGCAUUUAUAAAUGUAGAUUGUUCUCUUACUUUCACAAAAGAUCAAAAUCGAAAAACCACCCUAGUGUGUUGAGUACAGUUUUCUAGCACUUUCUGCAGUUAAACCUAUAAAUCUUUCCAUUUUUAUGCUUCACACCAAAACCUCUCCAAAUAAAAAGAUAUACAGUUCAACAUAUAUAUUGUAAUACGUACUAGCAAUUAUAUAUAGUCAUAUGGAUGCCUUUGAUCCUUCAAUCACCCUACCUUUUCCUUACUCUUUCACUACAGCUAUCAGCAACAGAAGUAGUGAAACGAGCAGUAGCGCAAAUUCCAACAGUGUUCUCAACAUUGUUACUUCCACCUGGAUGGACGGCAGGAUUUGGAGCAGACUCCCUCAGAGGCUUCUCGACCGCGUGAUAGCUUUCCUUCCAGCACCCGCAUUUUUCAGAGCUCGCUGCGUCUGCAAGAGAUGGUACGCCCUCUUGUUCACCCCAUCCUUUCUCGAACUCUACCUACAAGUCUUACCACGCCGCCAUUGUUUCAUUUUCUUCAAGAAAAAAAAUAACCUCAAUAAUUAUGUCUACAAAUCAAACCGUGACAAUAAUAACGGAGAUCAUCCCCAAAACGACAAACCAUCAUCCCAAACAGCCGCCUGCGAGGGUUACCUCUUCGAACCUUAUGAGCUUUCAUGGUACAGAAUCUCUUUCCCCAACCUACUUCCUUCUGGGUUCUCUCCAGCUUCUUCUUCAGGCGGUUUGAUCUGUUGGGUAUCUUACGAUUCUGGUCCUAAAACCUUACUCCUCUGCAACCCAAUGGUAGGUUCGUUAACGCCGUUACCUCCAACGUUAAGAUCUCGUCUAUUCCCAUCCGUUGGCCUUGCGGUUACUCCCACCUCAGUAGACGUUACUAUAGCCGGGGACGACCUGAUCUCUCCGUACGCCGUUAAAAACUUAACGGCGGAAAGCUUCCACAUAGACGGAGGAGGGUUUUACUCCAUAUGGGGCACUUCCUCUUCUCUUCCAAGGCUGUGUAGUUUUGAAUCUGGUAACAUGGUUCACGUGGAAGGGAAAUUUUACUGCAUGAACUACAGCCCUUAUAGUAUUCUGGCUCACGACAUUUCUUCAAACAGUUGGUGGAAGAUUCAAGCUCCUAUGAGAAGGUUUCUGAGGUCUCCAAACUUGGUUGAGAGCAGAGGAAAGCUUCUUCUGAUUGCGGCCGUGGAGAAAAGUCAACUGAAUGUGCCGAAGAGCUUGAGAGUUUGGGGAUUACAGGCGUGCGGGACCACGUGGGUGGAGAUGGAGAGAAUGCCACAGCCACUUUACUUGCAGUUUGCUGAGGUUGAGAAUAAUGGGUUUCAUUGCGUUGGAAAUGGAGAGUUCAUAGCGAUCAUGAUUUUGGGAACAGAUCAGAAAAUGGUGUUGUUUGAUAUGAUGAGGAAGAGAUGGGAGUGGAUUCCUUCGUGUCCAUAUGUCCCUAUUGGAGGAGGUGAUCAGUUGCAUGGCUUCGCUUAUGAGCCCAGACUUGCCACGCCGGUCACUGGCCUUCUUGAUCAGCUCACUCUUCAGUCUUACAACCUAAAUGGCUAGCUAAUAAUAAUUAAGUAGCGUAAUUUAAUCUAUAUAUUGAAUAAUAUAGUAUCAAUUUCUGUGUUAAGUAGGAAUGUACGUGGCUGCUGAGACGUAAUACCACCGCGUUUUAAAUUAAUUAACAUUUAGGUUAGGAGGAAGUACUUUAUAAUGUAAUCAUAUAUGCUGCCAUGAAUAUUUGGUUAUGUCGAAUGUGCUGAUUAAUAUUAGUCCAAUAUUGUUGUGCUAAGAGCAUCUCCAGGAUAUACCAUUUUUAGU